AUGAAAUCAAUAUUCUAACAAGUUGCAACAGUUAUCUUAAUCACUUUGCUUAAUUUGCCUUCAAGAAUAAAUGGCUAAUCAGUUGUGACAGUAAACUAAUGCACAGGUUCAAAUAAAACAGAGGCAUUCUGCAACUAAUAUAUAUAGAAUUCAUGCUGUGCAACUGUUUUAACUAUUCAGACCAGUGGGACUGGAACUAAGUCUACACUUGCUACGAAUUACUACUGUUUACCUCUUGAUUUAGUAUAUGGAAUGCCCACUGCUGUAGUCAAUAGUACCAUCUCUUACACCUAUACUUGCAACACUCCAGUUACCCCAGCCUCUGAUAAUUGCACUUCAGGAGCCACUCCAUGUGCCACAAUCUAAAAUGCAUGCUGCGCUUCUAGAUCUAUCAAGAUAAAUAAUUUCGCUGUACAGCAAGUAUCAGCAGUCUGUCAAUACGCCUCAUAAGUAGGCUAUACAACUUUAUUCAAUGGAACUAACUCAGGUAAAAUAGAAUAGACCACCAAAUGUAUGGAUGCCGUUGUUUACUAAAUCAAUGCAGCUAAUGUCUUAAAUAUGAUGAGAAGUGCGGCAGUUAUCUCAUUUGGUCUCCUCGGUUAUAUAAUGACCAGUUUAUGA